GAAUCUGCGCGGUGCCGCAGCGGGGUAGACCUCGUGGUGGACUCGGGCUCUCCGACUCGGCCAUAUUGGAUAGUGAAUGACUCCGUUACACAGGGGCUCAAGAGUAGCCGUGAAACCUUCGCAAGAUCCUCGACGCCGUGAGGAUAUCGAGCCAAGAUGGAAAACGAGUACACAGUUACGGUCACGAACAAGUUCCUGCUGGCGCUCGACGAGUGCGAGGACCCGCUGGAGGUACUAAAAGUGCGCGAGCAGGAGAAGGAAGCCAAGAAGAAGGAGAGGAUCUCGGAGAAGGAGAACAAGAGCAAGCAGCAGCAGCAUCAGCAGCAGCAGCAGCAGCAACAGCAGCAGCAGCCGCAGCCGCAGCAGCAGCCGCAGCAGCAGCAGCCGCAGCCGCAGCAGCAGCAGCCGCAGGACGGCCAAAAGACCGCCAACAACAAGACGCAGAAGAGUCGCGUCAUCAAGGACGCCCAGCAGCCGCCGUCGAAGGCGCAGGAAGCCAAAAAGGAUCAAGCCGAUAAAAAACCAGCGCAACCAAGGGCGAACGCGGGCGAUCGCAACGUCAAAUUCUCAGGAGAGUCCCGGGAGGAGCGCAACAACAGGCGUAACCGGGAGGAUGGGGAGAGGACGCUGCGAGGGCAAGGAGAGUUCAGACGAGGGCCCCCUGGCGAGGGCCGCGAGGGCCGCGAGAGCCGCGAGACACGCGAGUUUCGGAACUCGAACGAGACCCAGCGCGGCGAGUAUGGGGAGCGCCGUGGCCGCGGUGGUAUGCGAGGCAUGAGUCGCGGACGCGGUGGUCCCCGUGGACGCGGUGGCUUCGACAAUCGCGGCAAACGCGAGUUCGAUCGUCAGUCCGGCUCUGAUAAAACUGGAAUUAAACCAGUGGAUAAAAAAGAUGGUGCUGGCAGUCAUAACUGGGGUACUCAUAAUGACGAAAUAGAGGAGAGCCUGAAUCAAGAUAGUCAAGAUUGGGCCAAUGAUAAGCCGGAAUCCGACCCUCAAGCGCCGACCGAGGUUAAGAACGGGGAAACAACCGCGGAUGCGACUGUCGAGGAGAAACCGGCCGAGGAGGAGACGCGCGAGCUGACGCUGGACGAGUGGAAGGCUCUGCGGAGCAAUAGAGCGAAGCCUCAAUACAAUUUGCGAAAGGCCGGCGAAGGCGAGGACCUGUCGCGUUGGAAGAAGAUGUACGCGCUCGAGAAGAAGAAGGAGGGUAACGAGGAAGAGGACGAAGAGGAGGAGGACUACGACGCGGCCGCGGAGUAUCCUCAGCGUGUCGGCAGGCAAAAGCGCGUGCUAGGCAUCGAGAUCCAGUUCAGUGACUCACGACGCGGUUCCGGCGGUCGCGGUCGAGGCGGCCGCGGUCGUGGCGAUCGCAUCAACGGACGUGGAUUCGGGAACCGUGGUGCUCCCAGAGACGGCGAUACACGCCCACAAAAUGAGCAGAGGUCGCCGCGAAGUCGUCAAAACGCUCCGAAGGUAGACGACGAGAAUGACUUUCCUUCCUUGGGAUAGGUAGCUUCAUCUGUUGACUAUACAACAUCCCACCAUUACCGUCACCAUCAGUACAUUUACUACAGAUAAAGCUACACUAACUAAAACAAAAAAAAUAUUACUAUCGAGAAUCUUGCGUUAGUGAUAACAUUAUUAAUGCAUAAUACAGUACACCGUUACAGAAAUGAGAUACGUAAUAUUAUCUAAAAAUUCCUCUCGUGACUUGAACGUCACAAUUACGCAUUGGCACCGUAAUCGUACACAUGAAAAGUUUCCAUGAUGUAUGAAGAAGAAAAGCAAAUAGAUAACGAUCCUUUUUUGUACUUUGUGGGAAGCCAUUUGUCUGUAACUAGUCCGAGACACCAGGCCAGCGGACAAACGAUCUGUGAAGAGUGGAGCAUAGUCUCUGAACUUGUUAAUAAUUUCGAAUCCAUAAAGACGACAGGAAGACUUAUAUAAAGAAGCUUGAGCGAGAAAGAGAGUAUUUAAGCGGACCAGCGAACAUAGAAACAGAAGAGCCGUACACUUGAAGUUUACAGUUUCAAUCUGCUUAAAUCCGAA